AUGAAUCGGACCGAUUUUUAGAACAGGGGAUAAAUCCAUACCGACUAAAAAGACCAAAAAGGGCUUGAAUAUAGCAAAAUAUUCGGUCAGGAUCAGCUUGUACUUAAUCAAAGUGUCCGGAUUUCUCUCCAACUUACAUUUGACUCUGUAAAACCCACCCCUGAUACACCUAUACUUAUGAUCUUUCUCUUUUAUACAUUCCUAGUGUCAAACAAAACACCUCCAUAGAGACAUUUCUUUCACUUUCUCCAUGGCUGAUAGUGCCCAAGUAGUACCCGUUGAGGAACCAGCUGCAACCGCCACCGCCACGGCAACCGCAAUAACAACAACGAGUGAGCCAGAAGCAAAAAGCUCCGACCAAAUGGAGUCACAAAGCGAUAAGUCACCCGCUGGAACAUUGGUCACAAUCAUGAACCUUUUCGCCAUCGGGGUACUUCCCAUCUGCACCUUCUUUCUAUCUCUUACACUCCUCGGCUACGCUGUGUGGCUCCUCUACAUGCGUAGCUACGACUGCGAAGAUAUCCUCGGUCUGCCACGUAUCCAGACAAUCGCUAGCGUCGGUCUCCUCGCCGUCUUCGUCGUCAGCAAUGUAGCUCUGUUUCUCCGACGAAAGUUUCCGAUGCCAGCACUCGUGGUGAUGUUUGUGAUCCUUUUGCUAAUGCUAUUCAUCGGUCUGGCGUACGCCGGAGUCAACGAGAUGCAGACCAGGCGGUUUCCGGCGACUGGGACGUGGUUUAAGCUCAAAGUGAUGGAUAAUGUGAACUGGAACAAUAUCAAAUCGUGUGUCUACGAUAAAGGUGCAUGCAACGAGCUUGUUUAUGGAUCGCCAAAAGAUAAACCUUAUAAUAGAAGAAAAUUGCCACCAAUAAAGAAUGGAUGUUGCAUGCCUCCAGAGACAUGCAACAUGGACGCUUUAAACACGACGUUUUGGUAUAGAAGAAAAGACGAGGGACAACCAUUGAAGACGGAGGUGCUGUACGGGGGCAUGGUCGGAAGACUAAGUGACUGUCAGCUGUGGAGGAAUGAUUGGAGCGUGUUGUGUUAUGAUUGUAGGUCUUGCAAGUUAGGAUUCGUAAGAUCUGUAAGGAGGAAAUGGUGGCAGCUAGGUGUCUUCUUGAUAGUCAUCUCCAUUCUUCUUCUCAUCUCUCACCUCUUGAUCUUCUUGGCCACCUUUUGGGAACGUUUCAAGGGCUAGCAAUCAUCACGAUGGUCUUUCUAAUUAGGAGAGUUUUUUUUUUCUGUGGGGUAAAAUAAUAUCUUCCUUCUGCAUUCGUUUUAGUACUCAAGUAGAUGUUUGUAAUAAAGCGUAAACAAUUGGUUUGAUUGAGAAUUCAAAAGCAAACUCUUUGGUCCAUUAUUUCAUCUUUAAAGCAGGGGGCUCAAAGUAACAUUGUCUCUAAUAAAAUCAAAUGUGAGUACAGGACAGGAACAUUGAAGACACCUUGUUCUUUCAUUAUCCUAAGAGCAUGAUUAACCCGGGGUUCUUAGGACGAGGUUCUUAGCGGAAGUUAAGAAACUGUUUCUUAACUUUUAACUAAAAAAGCUAAGAACCGGUUAUUAAAUAAGGACUUUAAGAACCGGUUAAAAGUUAAGAAACAGUUUCUUAACUUCCGCUAAGAACCCAACUCUAAGAACCUCGGGUUAAUCAUGAUCUAACUACCAAGUACCACCAGAGGAGUGAUCAGGCUGGAUAAUUAAAAGCUUUGUCGAUACUAUUUAGGGAAAUUGUUAUAAAGUGAAAUACAUCUUAAAUAAAAGGUGAAACAAUAACAUACGGUGAAAAUU